AUGGGGGACCGGAGGCCUUCAUUUUUCUCCCGAUUACUGUCAUCUAAACCGGCUUCCCGCCGUACAACAGCAAGUCGAACAACUGAACCAUCCCGGACUAACACAACCAACCCCUCUUCCUCCCCUAGUCCUCCUGCAGAUGAAUCAAGUUCAGCUAACCAGACAACCACCCCUGCAACUCCAUCAACAGCCGAAACUCAAUCGGCUGGGAAUGCAAACACCCCCUCCUCUACACCUCCACCUGCAUCUGAAACUAGAUCAGCUGGCCAGACCACCACAAUUACUCCUACCCCGACAGCUCUACCUACUGCUGAAACUCAAACGGCUGGGAAUGCAAACACCCCAUCCUCUACAACUCCACCUGCAUCUGAAACUAGAUCAGCUGGCCAGACCACCACAAUUACUCCUACCCCGACAACUCUACCUACUGCUGAAACUCAAACGGCUGAGAAGGAAACCAACCUUACCACCAACGCCAUCCCCACAACUCCUCCCACGGCUGAAACUCAAACGGCAGGGCAGGCAACCACCCCCUCCUCCACCACUCUCACCACUCCACUUACAGAUGAAAAUCAAACUCAAACACCUAGCCAGUCAAAAAGAAACACAACCCCUGCUGCCACAAUGCCAACUUCAAGUGAAGCCCAGAUGGCUAACCAGACCACCGCCACCUCAAUUGGCCCUACUAUCAAGUCCCAAACCUCAUCACCAACUCGUGCAACCGUUCAACCCCAUGUCCCAUCACAACCGGCAUCGCCCUUCCGUGCAACAACAAAAUCAAGAUCACCUCCUCAGACUUCAUCUCCGUCUCUUGUAGCACCUCAAUCACGAGUCGUGCCCUCAUCCCCAUCUCGCCUGGGUUCUGCGACUCCCUUGACACCACAAAGGACCUCACAACCGCAGUCCUCCCGUUCGGCCUUACGGUCCCCAAAUCAGACAUCUUCACCAUCUACGAAGGGCGUUGAGCACACAACUAAAGAGAUCUCCCACCCUCUUUCCAAUUCUCAUGAUGCCCCAAAUACCGUUUCUAAUGGAGAAGAACCAAAGCCUGCAACAUCUGAACAAGAGCCUCUAAAAAUUCAGUCAAAGGCAAAAGUUAAAUCAGAAAUAGUUGAGGACUCCCAUAAUCAAACUGCAUUUGAAACAACCAUCAAACAAAAUCAGAUGGAAGUAGAGCCUUCUAAAUCAUCAGAGCUGGGAGCUGCUGCUAUAUCAACCGUUGCACAAGGUCCUGAGACAGAUGGGGCAACACAAAAAUUAGAUUCUUCCAGCAUCGAUGGUGAAACAAAGUCCCUCCUGGAAUCAAAUGCAAACCCUGAAGAAACUAAAGAAGUGAAGGAGGUAAUUGAAGAGACAAAAUGUGAAGCUAAUGAAAAUAGAAACAACGAAGGCAAUGAUUUUCAAACUGCAAAAUCAGGAUCAAGAGCACAAACAGUAGAGGAGGCCAGCAUUAUAAAUAAAUCUGAGCAGAUGCAUGAAGAAAUGCAAGGAGCCAUUGGCAAAAAGGAGAUAUUGAAAACCUCUCUCUUCAAUGGAAAACCAACCAAAACAAGUUCUCGACCUGGGAACAAAAGCAUGAGGGCACCAACUCAUAAGUUUGCUCAAUCAAGCCGAGAACAAGUUCCCUUGUACAAAGAUAUCAAGGAUGACAUUUCGACAUUUGUCAAUCGAAUGGCCAUUGGAGACCCCAAAAAUUCCCUUAAUGACAGACCAGUAAGUGUCAUUACGCUUGCAGGAGAAAACAGAGGAGCAUCAAUGCAGUUGGGUUCUGAUUCAUCAAAAGGAGAAGGGGCAAUUCACAUUCAUAGAGGCUACAAGAUCAAUCCUGAUGAAAGUCCUGAAGCAACCAUAGAUGGAGAGGGAAGUUGGAAGGGUAAGAAAUCAGAAGAUGCAGAAGGAAAAGAAGAUCAGCCAAUAGAGGCAUAUGUAAACAACAAUACACAGGGAAUCAAUAACUCCAUAGUGUUCGAAAGUUCCAUAGCUGAAAGGAAUCCCGGUGUCCAUAUGAUUGUCACUCAUGCUCAGAAAGAACCUACCAUGUCAACUGAUGAAAAAAGGCCCCUUGAGGUGCAAAAGGCUGAAUUCAACACAAUCCCUUCUCAGAAACAAACUUAUGAACCCAAUGUCAGAAGAAGAUGCCUCGAAGGUCUUUUUUUGGAAUCGAGUGAUUCUGACCCGGAAAAUCCUGAAAAGCCUAAACGUCAUGGUUGCCGUGUUGGCAGCAAGGAAAGGAGCAAAUACAACACAAGAGAUGUUCUCUAA